AUGUACAAGGACAUGGACAAUGCCAAGACGGGCCAAAGCAGUGGGAGCAGCACUACGGAUGCGGACGCAUCUGAGUACAUGGAUUUGGAAGAACUUCCAUAUGGGGGAGACAACGUCAAUUCUGACCAAAGAACGGAGGAGACUCCAGGUGCAGAACCGACUACCCAGGGCGAGGAGCUUAGGAGGUCCUCCAGGGUACCCAAACUGAAUCCCAGAGAAGCUUUCAAUGGUGUUGUACUAGCACAGAGUCCCUCUGAUGUAGAGGGAUUCAUAGAAAUCUCUUGCACUGAUAGCUUCUUUUUGGCUCCAAUUGGCCCGAUACAUUCUUUUUUCCUGCCAGCUUUUCAUGUUUCUAAAUCAGACUUUCUUUCCUUUUUUGUGCUACAUUUGCAGUUAUCUCUCAGGCAAUGCCCAGAUAUUUUGAAUAACACAAAUGGAAGGAAAAAUAUUGAUAUUCACAUACUUAUACCGACCACCUAUGCAAACGGAGGUUCGCUUGAAGAUGUUCCUUCCAGUGAAACAUCCAAAAAACUCUGGUAUUGGGGAUCUGCAGAAUUGGAUUCCCUCUGCAAUUCAUGCUUCAUAAAUAUUGCAAUAAGCUUGGCUCACACUCCAAGGCUUAUUAGCUAUUUCCUCAAUGAUUACCACAGAGACUCAAUGAUAGGAAAUGGUGAGCUCGCUCUAGCAUUUGCUGAGUUACAGAGGAAGCUAUGGGUUUCUGCACCAAGAGAAGAUGUUCGAAGAUUACUUGAUAUAAAGCUUGCUCGUUUUGCCCAGCAUAGUGGGUUUAGCCUACAGGAUUCGCAAGAUAUUCUCAGAUUUCUAUUGGAUGGGCUUCAUGAGAAUCUAAACUGUGCAAGAGUCAAGAAGGAUAUUACAGUUAGGGAUUUAUGUAAUUCGGCACAACAUGAUUCUAUCAUAGUUGACAUCUUCCAAGGGGGGGGGGCAAGUCGACAGUAACUUGUCCAGAGUGUGCGACUUGCUCAGUCACAUUCGACUUGUUUACAUACUUAUCUCUGUCGGUACCAUCUAUUGCUUUAAGAACAAUGAGUAUUACAGUCUUCAGUGGUGAUACUUCUGGUCCUGUGUUGUAUACUGUAAACCUACCCGAAGAUGGAAACUGCAAGGAUCUUAUACAGGCUUUGGGCUACACUUGUUUUUUGAAGGACAACGAGACCUUGUAUGUUGUUAAGGUAUAUGCAGAUCAAGUUCUUCACCUGGAUGAUACUUUGGCAAUAUCCUUAAUCAGAGAUUGUGACAGGGUUAUAGCAUAUAGGCUACUAACAGAUGAGGCAGAUCUCCCAUUGCUUACGUUUGUCCACCGACGUUUGGAGUAAGUCCUUUGAUUCUGUUCUACUUCAAACUCUGUUUUUCUAUUCAAACUCAUCACUCAUAGUACUUACAAAUGAACUUAUACAUAUUUAACUUCCUAUUUCCUUGUAGCUAUAAAUUUCUGCCCAUACUUUUUGCAUUAUGGCCUAAAUAUAUGAUCCCGAAGAAUUUUGUUUUUGCUGAUUUGACUUUUCCUUUAUUUUUAGAAACUUAAAAGUGGUGGCUUGCUUCCACAUAAAAUGGUUUCUUCAUAACUAUUGAAUAGGAAAAUAAUUUCAUUAAUUGGCAUUUGUUUGCAAAUUUCUACUUAUCUAUCUAAUUUUUAUAUCUCUGAGUUAUUAUGGAUAGAAUAACAAAAAAAACUAAGGUUUUUUUAGAUACCUGUCCCUUAAAUAUUCAGUAAUUGCAUAUUGAUUCCUUGAAUCUUGGAAAUUGCAUAGUCCCUUAAAUCCUGUAGGUGCCAUCUGGCCAAGUAUUAGGAGAGAAGUGUUAAGGAGAAGGGUUAACUUAGUUAACCCCUCAUGAGGGAUUAAAAAUAAUGUAAAUCUGUUUAGAUUAGAUAGUUAAUAUGAAGGAUUAAGUUUUUUUAUUUUGUAAAUUAAGAAGGGUUAAGGAGGUAACACUAGUUUUUUUUAAAACCAAUUUUACCCUUAUUUAGAAUUUUCUAAUAAUUACUAUAUUAAAACAAAAUCAUCUUGAUCUUACAUAUAUUUGAUCUAUAAAAAUAUUGUCGUAUAUUUGUUGUUCAAUUAAAUGAUUGUUGAGAAGGCACGUAAGGAUUGAGAUUAUUUUUGCAUGAAAUUAAAUAUUAAAGAGAGAUAAUGAUAGAACAAAAAAUUCCUUUGGCUUUUUAUUAAUCAAUAAACUUAUCCAAAAAAAACGUUGAUUAUUCAAGAAGAAAAAUAACAAAUUAGUCAAUAGUACUAUAUAAAGAUUAUAAUUUUGGUAAAAAGAAGAUAAUAGAGAAUUUAUAGCAAAUAGCUUGUGUUUUAAGAAUGAAAAAAUUUAUUUCAGUAAUAGCUUAAACAUGUUUUCAAAUACAAACAUGUUAAACUGAAAACGAUAUUAAACUUAACUUGUUCAGAAUGUUAUGAGAAUGCAUACAUGCAACAAAUGUAGUGAUGAGAUCACUCAUUAAAAUUAAGAGAUGCAAGAUGAUUCGAGAUAAAUGAUAAUCAAUACACUAUCUUGUAUUCUGGUAACACAUGAGCACAUUGGUGUAUUUGGAUAAGAGAGAAGAAAAUAUCUCAAUAUAUGGCUGCAGUUAGAUAAGAUAUUAUAAGGAUAAGAUAAAUGUAAGAUAUUUCUGAAGAUUAGCUCAAAAUGACACUGCCUACCCUCGCAUGAGAAGGCAGAACAAGUCUUGUUCCGCCUUCUCAUGAGUAUUAGUGGACCCGUCUAAAUGACAGGUUCACUCCAGUUAACCUCCUAGAAGGGUUUGUUAAACCUUUGACUGAACUAACCCAUUUGGAAGUCGAGAGAGGGGUUAAAUCUCCUUAACCCUGUUCUUAACUCCUUGCCAAACGGGAUUAUAGGGUCUUGCAAAAUAGUCUCUCAAGUUAAAUCACAAUAGAUUUGAGAUGAAUAUAUCGUCAAAUCUAACUGUUUGAAGCAAAGUGACCAUCUUAACCCUAUAUUAUGUUCCCUAAGUAGGGGUGUCAAAAAAUAUCCAUAUUAAAGGGAAUAUCCAUAUCCUUAUCCUUUGGGAUAUGGACGGGGUUACUAAAAUCUAUAAUCGAUAGGAUAUAAUAAUGGAUAUGGUUAGGUAGUGAAAUAUCAGGAUCCAUAUCCAAACUAUCGAAAUAUAUAUUAGUAAUAUAGUUGCAACAGUUCUAAUCCUCAAAUUAAUAGAUUUGAGGUAAAUUUUGAUGAUCAAGAUGUCUAUCUUAGCUUUUUAAAAAUAAUCAACAUAUUAAUGAACUCUCUAGUAUUAUAUGAACUAUAAUUUUUU